AGUGUCUGUGAGAGUUACCUUCUCAAGUCACACAGAGGAUGCCAGCAGUCAUGGCCUUCCCCAGCGUGUCCUGGAUGCUGCUCUUCUGCCUGGUGUUGCUAUGUCGCCCUGCCCCAGCUGAAGACCUCCAGAAGGAAGUGCUCUCUCCCCGCAUCAGCUGUCCUCAGGGCUCAGUGGCCUAUGCCUCCCACUGCUAUGCCUUGUACCUGACGCCCAGAUCCUGGAUGGACGCAGAUAUGGACUGUCAGAAGAGACCUUCAGGACAUCUUGUAUCUGUGCUAAGUGGAUCUGAGGGAUCCUUUGUGGCCUCCGUGAUCAAUAACAGCUUGAACACUUACUCUACUAUCUGGAUUGGGCUCCAUGACCCCACAGAGGGCAUUCAGCCCAAUGGAAACGGCUGGGAGUGGAGCAGCACUGAUGUGCUGAAUUACCGUGCCUGGGAGAAAUACCCCCCCUCAGGUUCAUAUCCUGGCUUCUGUGGAGGUGUGACAAAGAGCUCUGGAUUCAAGAAGUGGAAAGAUUUCAACUGUGAUUUAGAACUACCCUACGUCUGCAAGUUCACAGACUAGGUCACGGUUUGGGACUCAGCUCACCAUGGACAUGGAACCAGAGCUGAGGGCCUCUCCUAGAAGACAUAUCCUCUCUCCACAUCUCAAGCUUGACUACCUCAUUCCAAACUCCCCCUUGCUC